GCCGUACUGACUGACUGACGGCUUCCGCGUUGAUGACAGUCAAGUCACCUGACCUAAACAAAUUCACGUCGUCGCCUGCCUGAAUUUGCGAGCUAAAUCCAUUCUAAUGCCUACAAAACGCGUUUUAUUGGGAGGGACGUUUUAAGCAUUUAUCUUGGGUACCUGCGGGGAAAUGUGUACUGGCGUCUGUUAAAGACAAGCGUCCGUCCGUCGCUUGACUAAUUCAACGGUGGUGACAGUAGAAUUGUUGGGAAGCCACACCCGAUUGCAACUCUUCUUCUUACAUGCAUACAUCUUCGUCUGUCCGUCCGUCCGUCUGUCUGUCCGUCCGCCCGCCUGCAGCAGCCUGAGCUCGCUCAGUCAACCUGAGCAAACAUGCCUCAGUCUGCAGCUGUCAUAAGUGGACUCCAGAGGAUGGUUCUAUACGAGACCCGAGCCAGGUAUUUUUUGGUGGGGAGCAAUCAGGCUCAGACCAAACACAGAGUGCUGAAGAUCGACCGCACCGAACCCAAGGACCUGGUCAUCAUUGACGAUAAGCACGUGUACAGCCAGCAGGAGGUGCGCGACUUGCUGGGUCGUCUGGACUUGGGAAACCGCACAAAGAUGGCCCAAAAGGGUCCGUCGGGCCUCUCCAGGGCCGUGACGGCCGUCGGCGUGGUGGGCUUUGUGCGCUUCCUGGAGGGCUACUACAUGGUGUUGAUCACCAAACGGCGCAAAAUGGCCGACAUCGGGGGCCACUCUGUUUACAAAAUUGAGGACACGACCAUGAUCUACAUUCCCAACGACUCGGUGCGGGUGGCGCACCCCGACGAAGCCAGAUAUGUCCGGAUCUUCCAAAACAUGGACUUAUCCAGUAACUUUUACUUCAGCCACAGCUACGACCUGAGCCACUCGCUGCAGCACAACCUGACGCUGCUGCGGAGGCCUUACGGGCAGUGGGCCACGGAGGCCGGCGAGGGCGAGGACCCGGCCGCCGACGCGCCCGAGCGACGGGACGGCUUUGACAUCUUUGAAGAUGAGGGCUUGCCCGCUCAAGUGGUUUACGGAGUGCGCGCCGAGCCCUACUCCAAGUACGUGUGGAACGGGAACCUGCUGCGGCGUGUCAAGGACGUGGUGCACCCCGACUGGCUCUUGUACAUCAUCCACGGCUUUUGCGGCCAGUCCAAGCUGCUCAUCUACGGCCGCCCGGUGCACGUGACCCUCAUCGCCAGGCGCUCCAGCAAAUUUGCCGGCACCCGCUUCCUGAAAAGAGGCGCCAACUGCGAGGGCGACGUGGCCAACGAAGUGGAGACGGAGCAGAUGGUCCACGACGCCUCGGUGAUGUCCUUCCGGGUGGGAAGCUACUCGUCCUACGUGCAGACGCGAGGCUCCGUCCCGCUCUACUGGUCCCAGGACAUUUCCACCAUGAUGCCCAAGCCCCCGAUCCGACUGGACCAAGCGGACCCGUACGCACACGUGGCCGCUCUUCAUUUUGACCAGAUGCUGCAGCGCUUUGGAUCGCCCAUCAUCAUCCUCAACCUGGUCAAGAAACGAGAGAAAAGGAAACACGAGAAGAUUUUGAGCGAGGAGCUGCACCCCGCCGUCAUCAACCUGAACCAGUUCCUGCCGCAGCAGCACGGCAUCGAGUACAUCGCCUGGGACAUGGCCCGCUACACCAAGAGCAAGCUGUGCAACGUCUUGGACCGUCUGAGUAUGAUCGCCGAGAACGUGGUCAAGCGAACGGGCUUUUUUGUCAACCGAGCAGAUUUCUACUGCCACGCGCUCCACCCUGAUGAAAGAUGGGGCGACCUGGGCGGAAGCAUUUCGGGCGCUGGGCGAGCGCAGACGGGUGUGCUCAGGACCAACUGCGUGGACUGUCUGGACCGAACCAACACGGCCCAGUUCAUGGUGGGCAAGUGCGCGCUCGCCUAUCAACUCUACGCGCUGGGAAUGAUCGACAAGCCCAAGCUCCAGUUUGACACGGACUGCGUCAGGCUGUUUGAGGAGCUGUACGAGGACCACGGCGACACGCUUUCGCUGCAGUACGGCGGCUCGCAGCUGGUGCACCGGGUCAAGACCUACCGCAAGAUUGCGCCGUGGACGCAGCACUCCAAAGACAUCAUGCAGACGCUGUCGCGCUACUACAGCAACGCUUUCUCAGAUGCCGACAGACAGGACGCCAUCAACUUGUUCCUUCAAGUGUACCAGCCGGCGGAGAACAGGCCGCACCUGUGGGACCUGCCCACCGACUUCUACCUGCACCAGAAGAGCACCAUGGCGCUCCCAGCGGACCGCCGCAGCUACACCUUGUGGUGGUCAGAAGGAGUCCUGUCCUACCUCCCCAUCGCCUUGGACCAAGUCCCGUGCGAGCAAACCAUGAAGAAGCUGGCGGUCAAGCGAGUCAACCGCUCGGACGAGAGCGUCGACAUCUACGCCGAGUUCUUCAGACCCUACGAGCUCACCUCCUUCGACGACACCUUCUGCAAGGCCAUGACCAACUCGGCCAGGGAGUUCAUGCCCAAAACGGUGGGGGUGGAUCCCAGCCCCUUCACCGUCCGCAAACCGGAGGAGACGGCCAAAUCCGUGCUGGGCAACAAGAGCACCAAGGAGGAGACGCUGGUGCAGAGGAAGACGGCGGCCAGCGCGCCGCCUCCGCCCAGCGAGGAGGCCAUUUCCAGCUCCUCGGAGGACGACUCUGAGGAGGAGCGCGACGACGACGCCGCCUCCGUCUCGCAGCGCUCCACCCCGGUCAAGCUUUGGUCGGCCGAUUCCGGAGAGGGCGCUCGUGCCCACGAGGAGAGCCAGCAGCAGCAGCAGCAGCCGCUGCAGCAGCAUCCGGCCUUCAAGGAGCCCUACGGACUCAAUCUGGCAAAGGUCCCCGCCGAGCAAGACCUGCUCAUCUACGAGCGCUUUGCACGGCUGGGCGAGAGCCAGCAGCGGCGAGCGGCCAAGAGCGAGCACCUCCACCUGCCCAACGUCACCCGCUUAGAGCCGUUGUCCCGCUUCCCGCAAGACAGCGUGUACGCGGCGUCACCGCCGCAGGUGGACGCCGACAGCCGCCGCGUCUUCGAGAGCCACGUGAUGGCGGCCCGCGGCCAAGUCGGGCCUCUGUGCCGCGACGACGUGCUGAUGUACAGGGAGUACGUCAAGAACAGAUACAUGUGACCGUGACGGCGGCCCACGUUGUUGUCGUCGUUUUAAAAAGCCCACCUCAUUUUUGGAGCCGCCUUUUAAACUGCUUUUAUGUUGAAUAAACGGAAGCAACCAAAUGGAAAGGCCCAAAA